AUGGCCACAGCCCUCUCACUCUUCCUGCUCUGGGUCUGGGUCCCUGCGGUGGUCCCGGAGGAGUUUGGGGUCAACGACGGAGCAGAGGACCUCAAGGCCCUGCAGGUCUCCAUCCCACGUCACCCGGCCCUGGAGGCUGUGCUGGCUGGAGAUGUCACCAUCCCCUGUCUCAUCACCUACCUCGGCCCCCAGCCCACCGCCGGCUCGGGCGGGCGCCGGGCGGUCCUCGGGGGGACCCCCCGUGUCAAGUGGACCUUUAUCUCUGAGGGCAAGGAGGUGGAGAUCUUGGUAGCCCGAGGGGACAGGGUGAAGGUGAGUGAGGAUUAUCGCCUGCGGGCCUCCCUACCCAUCUUCCACCAGCGCUACACCAACGCCUCGCUGCUCCUCACCGAGCUCCGCCCCAACGACUCCGGGAUCUAUCGCUGCGACGUCCAGCACGGCAUCGAGGAUGGCCACGACCUGCUGCACCUCAAGGUCAAAGGGGUGGUGUUUCACUACAGGGAGGGGUCCCUGCGCUACGCUUACACCUUCGCCCAGGCUCGUGCUGCCUGUGCUCGGAUCGGUGCCCACAUCGCCACCCCCGAGCAGCUCUACGCCGCUUACCUGGGGGGCUACGAGCAGUGCGAUGCCGGCUGGAUCUCCGACCAGACCGUCAGGUAUCCCAUACACACCCCCCGGGAGCCGUGUUACGGGGACAUGAACGGCUUCCCCGGAGUGAGGAACUACGGGGUGGUGGACCCAGAGGACAUGUACGACGUGUACUGCUACACCGAGGACCUCCCAGGGGAACUCUUUUUGGAGACGGCUCCAGCCAAGUUCACUCUGGAGGAGGCUGCGGAACGGUGCCGGGCUCGGGGGGCUCAGCUGGCCCGGCCCGGACAGCUUUUUGCUGCCUGGGGGGGGGGUCUGGACGCCUGCAGCCCGGGCUGGCUGGCAGACGGCAGCGUCCGCUACCCCAUUGUCACCCCCCGGGAGCGCUGCGGGGGGGCCCUGCCCGGCGUCAAAACCAUCUUCACCUUCCGCAACCAGACGGGAUUCCCCGACGCGCGGAGCAGAUACGAUGCGUACUGCUUUCGAGAAGGGACAAACUCUUUCCCUGAGGCGUCAGGAAAAUCCCGAGCCCGGGAGCCCGAGGGCCUUCAGGAGAUUGUCACAGUGGCAGAAAAGCUGGAGGAGCUGCAGCCACCCGAGGCGCCAGUGGAGCUUGAGUCCCGCGGGGCUGUUUACGCCGUCCCCUUCUUUAAGGACCCCGAGCUGGAAAAGCCGAGCCCGUCCCCCGAAGAUGCCCCAGGGCCGGGGGGCCACCACCCCCCGCUAGACCCCUCCGUGUCCUCAGAGGAGGAGGAGGCGCGGGGCAGGGACCCCGGCGGGACAGCAGCGGAGAGCCCGGGCACGGGGCGAGAGACGGAGGGACCCACCCUGUCCCCAUCGGGGGCAGCAGAAGACAGCCAGCAGCCUCCUGGGACACCCGGGCGCGGUGGGGACAGCCCCCCUGCCACUGAGGACGCCGAGCUCUCGGGGGACGUGGCCGAAGUCCCCGGAGUGUCCCCGCUGCCCCCCGCCCCCUCUCAGCCUCUGGAGGAGGGUGAGGACCCUUCGGGGGCACAGUGGUUCCCCUCCCCCGCGGCUCCCGGGGACAGGAGGACGGUCCCGGUGGCAGAGGUGACAGCGGUGACACCGUGGCAUACGGAGGUGCCCGGCAGCAGCGGUGGGGAGGACACUGUCCCCAGACCCCCCAGCACUGAGCAGGGGGUGGCGGCUGCGCCGUCGGGAGAGGAGGACGAAGAGGAGGAGGAGGAAGAGCAGCCGGCUCCCAGCGAUGCCACCGUGGAGGGUUUCUUUGGAGCUGGAGAACCAGGUGGCUGUGUCCCCAACCCCUGCCUGAACGGAGGGACCUGCACAGAGGACAGCGACGGUGUCACCUGCCUCUGCCUGCCCGGGUACGGAGGUGGCAGCUGCGAGAGAACGCUGCGGAGCUGCAGCCCGGGCUGGGAUCGCUUCCACGGCUCCUGCUACAAACAUUUCUCCACCCGGAGGAGCUGGGAGGACGCGGAGAGCCAGUGCAGGCACUACGGGGGGCACCUGGCCACCAUCCUGACCCCCGAAGAGCAGGAAUUCAUCAACGACCAGUACAGGGAAUACCAAUGGAUCGGCUUGAACGACCGGACCAUCGAGGGCGAUUUCCAGUGGUCUGAUGGGAGCCCCUUGCUCUAUGAGAACUGGCACCCCGGGCAGCCCGACAGUUACUUCCUCUCGGGGGAGAACUGCGUGGUCAUCGUCUGGCACGACGGGGGACAGUGGAGCGACGUCCCCUGCAACUACCACCUCUCCUACACCUGCAAAAUGGGGCUGGUGCAAUGCGGGCCCCCCCCCGCCGUCCCCCACGCCCGUGCCUUUGGCAAAGCGAAGCAGCACUACGAGGUUGGGUCCAUCACACGGUUCCGGUGCCAGCCCGGGUUCCUCCAGCGCCGCUCACCCAUCGCCCGCUGCCGGGAGGACGGGACCUGGGACCCCCCCGAGCUGCUCUGCCGCCCUGGCCUGGCUCAGCCCCCCGAUGACUGAGGGAGUCCCCAGGGCAGAAGCCACCACCCUGGAGCCGGCGCAGAGGGGGACAGCCUGGAGUGGCACAAACCCUCCCCGUUGGGUGCUGCCUCCUUUGGUUGUUUUGUGUCUGUACAAAGAAAUCCCAGUAACUCAAAAUCCCCCCGAAA